UUUGAAUAAAAUCAUAUUUAAAAUACAUCAUGGACCUCUUGAGUAAAUACGCAAACAAGCUACCAGGCCAAGGAGAACCCGGUGUCUUUGACGACUUGAUCAAAGGAGUCAGAACCACCAACGAACUCUCCAAAAACCACAAUGUCGAAGAUAAUGUUGGCGAAAACGCUAAGACGCUGCAAGAGCAGUCCGGCAACCUUCUCGGCCUGAUGACUGAGACCAACAGGCUAUCGUACUUUGUCAAAGACAACAAAGACGUCAACGGUGCAGUCGAAGAAGGCUCCGGGAUCAUCGCCGAAAUCAACAAAAUUCUCAAGAAAAUCGCCAACAUCAACUGCUUUACGAAGCUUUGUUUGUUGGGAAAACUGCUCAAGAAGCUGAGCGAGUUGAAGGAGACGCUGGAAGAGUACAUCGGCAAGGUCAAGGGCUUUGUGGACAUGGCCAAGAAAUCGGCAACUGACUGGGUUAAAGAAAAGAUGAAGGGAGAGGCUCUAGGCAAAGUAUCAGAUGUUGCGUCGAAAUACGCAGGUGGACUAGUGGAUAAAGUGAAAAAUAUCUGGUAGGCUUUUGGGCAACACUAUUCUCAU